CCAAAGCCUGCCGUGGAACAAGCAGCCUUCCAAAUCUCUUCGGGGCCCAUGUCCCAGGCAAUGGAUCUGGAAGCCAACCAACCCAAUCCGUCUCUGACGGCCACUACCCCAGUUGGGAUUGAUAACUUGAACAAUCCCCCAAAGCAGGAGAAUCAAGUUUUGCCAGCAGUUGGAAUCCCGCCCUGGACCUCCGGGAUCCCACCCCAGACCACUGGGAUCCUGCCUGUGACUGCUGGGAUCCCGCCUCUGACCACCGGAAUCGCUCCCCAGACAACCGGGAUCCCACCCCGGACCGCUGGGUUCCCCCCUCCUACCGUCGAGAACAUGCCUCUGGCUUCUGGGAUCCCACCCCUGACCCCCGGAAUCCUGCCCCUAACGGGCGGGAACCCACCUGGGACUGCUGGAAUUCCACCUUGGACCACCGGGAUCCCACUUCCAACUGCAGUAAUCGUGCCGCCGAAUGCCGGGAUCCCGCCCCAGACUGCUGAGAUCCCACCCCAAACCACCAGGAUCCCACCUUUGAGCUCUGAGAUCCCACCCCAGGCCACCAUGAUCCUGCCCCAGGCCACCAAGGGCCUGCCCCAGAUGACCGAGGUCCCGCCCCAGAUGACCGAGAUCCCCCACACUACCUCCAGGCACCCAUCCCAGACCGAUGGGCUCCCGCCUCUGAACAAUGAGAUCUCACCCCAAACUGCCGGGAUCCUGCCUGGGACCACUGGGAUCCAGCUCCAGACCACCGGAAUCCCAUCCCCAACUACCAGGAGCCCAUCUCCAACUACCAGGAGCCCAUCUCCAACCACCAGCAUCCCUUCCCAGACCACCGGAAUCCUGCCCCUGACCACGGGGAUCCCACCCACGGCCACAGGGAUCCCGCUCAUGACUGCUGGAAUCUGGCCCCAGACCAUCAGUAUCCAGCCCCAGAUCUUUGGUAUCCCAUUCAUGACCGCCGGGAUACCGCCCAUGACCACUGGGAUCCCACCAAUGGCCGCCAGCAUCCCGCCCACGACCUCCGGGAUCCUGCCCCAGACUGCUGGGACCCCACCCGUGACUGCCGAGGUCCAAGCCCAGACUGCUGGGAUCCCUACACUGACUGCUGGGAUUCCGCCACUGUCUGCCGGGACCCCACCCAUGGCUGCCGGGGUCCAGGCCCAGACCGCUGGGACCCCUCCCUCAACCCCUGGCACCCCUACACCGACUUCUGAGAUCCCGCCCCCAACCACUGGGAGCCCACCCCCGACCCUCAGGAGCUCACCUCCAACCACCUGGAUCCAGCCCCAGACUGCCGAGAUCCAGCCCCUGACCUUUGGGAUCCCUACAAUGACUUCUGUGAUCCCCCCCACUGCCCUCAGGAUCCAACCCACAGCCACCUGGCUCCUUCCCCAGACCAUUGGAAUCCAGGCCUCAAGUGCUGGGAUCCCUCCAAUGACCACUGGGAUCCCAUCCGCAACUACCGGGAUAUCACCCGUGAGCACCUGGAUCCUGCCCCAGCCCUUCGGGAUCCAGCCCCAGACUGCCGGGACCCCGCCCGAGCCCAUCGGGAUCCAGCCCCAGACUGGCAGGGUCUCGCCCCAGCCCGUCGGGAUCCAGCCCCAGACUGGCGGAAUCCCACCCCAGACCACCGGGAUCCAGCUCCAGACUGUCGGGAUCCCGCCCGAGCCCGUCGGGAUCCAGCCCCAGACUGGCGCGGUCUCGCCCCAGCCCGUCGGGAUCCAGCCCCAGACUGGCGGAAUCCUGACCCAGACCAUCGGGAUCCAGCCCCAGACUACCGGGAUCUCGCCCGAACCCGUCGGGAUCCGGCCCCAGACUGGCGGGGUCUCGCCCCAGCCCGUCGGGAUCCAGCCCCAGACUGGCGGAAUCCCUCCCCAGACCACCGGGAUCCAGCUCCAGACUGUCGGGAUCCUGCCCGAGCCCGUCGGGAUCCAGCCCCAGACUGGCGGGGUCUCGUCCCAGCCCGUCGGGAUCCAGCCCCAGACUGGCGGAAUCCUGCCCCAGACCGCUGGGAUCCAGCCCCAGACUGCCGGGAUCCCGCCCGAACCCAUCGGGACCCAGCCCCAGACUGGCGGAAUCCCGCCCCAGACCACCGGGAUCCAGCUCCAGACUGUCGGGAUCCUGCCCGAGCCCGUCGGGAUCCAGCCCCAGACUGGCGGGGUCUCGCCCCAGCCCGUCGGGGUCCAACCCCAGACUGGCGGAAUCCUGCCCCAGACCAUCGGGAUCCAGCCCCAGACUGCCAGGAUCCCGCCCGAACCCAUCGGGAUCCAGCCCCAGACUGGCGGGGUCUCGCCCCAGCCCAUUGGGAUCCAGCCCCAGACCGUCGGGAUCCAGCUCCAGACUGUCGGGAUCCUGCCCGAGCCCGUUGGGAUCCAGCCCCAGACUGGCGGGGUCUCGCCCCAGCCCGUCGGGAUCCAGCCCCAGACUGGUGGAAUCCUUCCCCAGACCAUCGGGAUCCAGCUCCAGACUGUCGGGAUCCUGCCCGAGGCUGCUGGGGUCUCACCCCAGCCCCUCGGGAUCCAACCCCAGACUGGCAGGGUCUCGCCCCAGCCCAUCGGGAUCCCACCCCAGACUAUUUGGAUCCAGUCCCAGACUGACGGGAUCCCAUACCAGGCCAUCUGGAUCCAACCCCAGACUGGCGGGGUCUCGCCCCAGUCCUUUGAGAUCCAGCUCUGGACUGAUGGGAUCUCGCCCCAGUCCAUUGGGAUCCUGCCCCUAACCACUGAGAUCCCUCAAAUGACUGUCGGGAUCCUGUCCCCAACCACUGAGAUCCCUCCACUGGAUGCCGGAAUCCCGCCCCCACCCACGGAGAUCCCUCCACUGGGUGCCGGGAUCCCACCCCCAACCACGGAGAUCCCUCCACUGAGUUCCGGGAUCCCACCCCCACCCACGGAGAUCCCUCCACUGACCGCCGGGAGCCCGCCCCCGCCCACGGAGAUCCCUCCACUGACCGCCGGGAGCCCGCCCCCGCCCACGGAGAUCCCUCCACUGACCGCCGGGAGCCCGCCCCCGCCCACGGAGAUCCCUCCACUGACCGCCGGGAGCCCGCCCCCGCCCACGGAGAUCCCUCCACUGACCGCCGGGAUCCCGCCCCCGCCCACGGAGAUCCCUCCACUGACCACCAGCAUCCCCCCCACGAGCACCGGGAUUCCAACCCUGACCCAUGAGAUACCACCCACGAUUCGCUGGAUCCUGCCCCAGACCCCUAAGCACCUGCCUCCGACCUCCGGGAUCCCUCUGCUGCCGGCUAGGACCUCGUCUAAGACCGUCAGGACCCUGCCCAAGGCCGCCGGGGUCCCGCCCCAGGCCGGGGGAAUCUCCGUGACCACCGGGCUUCCGCCCCACACGGCCACGAUCCCCUCCACGGCCGCCGGGAUUCAGCCCCCGACAGCCGGGACGCCACCCGCGCCCUCCAAACGCCGGCGCCAGGCCGCGCGACCCCCAGGCCAGGACGGCAGACCUCCACGCCGGGCCAGCCGGCCCCCCAAGGCGUCUUCAAAGGCCGCCAGGCUCCAGCCUCGAUCCGACGCAGUCCAACCUCCUACGCCCGACCCCAAUCAACUGCUUGUUCAAAACUUCCAGAUGGCACCCUGCGGCUGCUUAUUUGACCCCCGUUUCUUCCGGAUCGAACCGACCCCCGACGGCGGCUCCACCCUCGUCAAAAUCGCGGAGUCCGCUGAUCCCAGCACUCCCUUGGGGGAGCCCCAGGACUGCAGCCAACGGCCAGCCUCGUCCAGCGCGUGUCCGCAAAGCCAGUCGGGCUCAACUGCGCCCCAGGAUUUCCCCCCCCCCCCACCCAAGAAGAAGAGGAAGACGCGGGCCCCCCGCGCUCCUGCCACCGCUCCAAAGGGGACGCUGCCCCCCAACCCCCAACCGGCACCGCCUCCCGCCCCUCGCCAGAAGGGAAGACCUAAAGGGACCAAGAAAACCUCGAAGAAAUCCUCACGCCCAGGCCCCUCCGAUCCUAGCAGGGGGCAGACAGGCUGCUGGGUGGAGAGCGGGCCCCCUGCUCUGCCACUUAACGCACCUAGCUUCACGGACACGUUCCCCUCCGACUGCUUCUUGCCGGGCGCCAGCGCGACUCUCCCGCAAGCAGGCAAGGAGACCAGAGAGCUGGAGGGGACGAACGGGCCACAGACCAGUACUCUCCUGGCUGAAACUAGACGAAUCCUGGACGAACCUUCCUCCUUCCCCACUCCUACCACCACGGGCCCCCAGUCCCAGGCCAACGAGGUUGUGUUGGAUGAAGUCUUGACCCUGCUGGACUAUCCCCAAGAGAAUAAGGUCAACGCCAGUGCCCCCGUCCAACCCACCCAGGGGACCGGGCCUGAUGAUGCCAGUGGCAUCGAGUGGCUGGACCUCCCCGAUGAGCUUUUAAACUUGAACUACAGCGAGACAAAUCUCCUCGACAAGAUGUUGGACUCAGACGACUGGAACCUGGUCUACCCCUUACCUGAGCCCAUGGACAACUAGGAGGGUUACUCCAGCUACGGAUCUGGAGAUGGGAGCCAAACCCCGGGGGCCAACAACAGGUUGGACCCUUAGUUCCAAGUCCAGGAGUAGGCCCCUGGCCCCCGAUGCUGUUUGAAUAAAG